AUGGGGAAGAACCGCGAGAUGCGCCUGACUCACAUCUGCUGCUGCUGCCUCCUUUACCAGCUGGGGUUCCUGUCGAAUGGGAUCGUUUCAGAGCUGCAGUUCGCCCCCGACCGCGAGGAGUGGGAAGUCGUGUUUCCUGCGCUCUGGCGCCGGGAGCCGGUGGACACGGCUGGCGGCAGCGGGGGCAGCGCGGACCCGGGCUGGGUGCGCGGCGUUGGGGGCGGCGGAAGCGCCCGGGCGCAGGCUGCCGGCAGCUCACGCGAGGUGCGCUCUGUGGCUCCGGUGCCUUUGGAGGAGCCCGUGGAGGGCCGAUCAGAGUCCCGGCUCCGGCCCCCGCCGCCGUCGGAGGGUGAGGAGGACGAGGAGCUCGAGUCGCAGGAGCUGCCGCGGGGAUCCAGCGGGGCUGCCGCCUUGUCCCCGGGCGCCCCGGCCUCGUGGCAGCCGCCGCCUCCCCCGCAGCCGCCCCCGUCCCCGCCCCCGGCCCAGCAUGCCGAGCCGGAUGGCGACGAAGUGUUGCUGCGGAUCCCGGCCUUCUCUCGGGACCUGUACCUGCUGCUCCGGAGAGACGGCCGCUUCCUGGCGCCGCGCUUCGCAGUGGAACAGCGGCCAAAUCCCGGCCCCGGCCCCACGGGGGCAGCAUCCGCCCCGCACCCUCCCGCGCCGCCGGACGCAGGCUGCUUCUACACCGGAGCUGUGCUGCGGCACCCUGGCUCGCUGGCCUCUUUCAGCACCUGUGGAGGUGGCCUGAUGGGAUUUAUACAGCUCAAUGAGGACUUCAUAUUUAUUGAGCCACUCAAUGAUACAAUGGCCAUAACAGGUCACCCACACCGUGUAUAUAGGCAGAAAAGGUCCAUGGAGGAAAAAGUCACAGAGAAGUCAGCUCUUCACAGUCAUUACUGUGGUAUCAUUUCAGAUAAAGGAAGACCUAGGUCUAGAAAAAUAGCAGAAAGUGGAAGAGGGAAACGAUACUCAUACAAAUUACCUCAAGAAUACAACAUAGAGACUGUAGUGGUUGCAGACCCAGCAAUGGUUUCCUAUCAUGGAGCAGAUGCAGCCAGGAGAUUCAUUCUAACCAUCUUAAAUAUGGUUUUUAACCUUUUCCAACACAAGAGUCUGGGUGUGCAGGUCAAUCUUCGUGUGAUAAAGCUUAUUCUGCUCCAUGAAACUCCACCAGAUCUAUAUAUUGGGCAUCAUGGAGAAAAAAUGCUAGAGAGUUUUUGUAAGUGGCAACAUGAAGAAUUUGGCAAAAAGAAUGAUAUACAUUUGGAGAUGUCAACAAGCUGGGGGGAAGACAUGAAUUCAGUGGAUGCAGCUAUACUUAUAACAAGGAAAGAUUUCUGUGUGCACAAAGAUGAACCAUGUGAUACUGUUGGUAUAGCUUACUUGAGUGGAAUGUGUAGUGAAAAGAGAAAAUGUAUUAUUGCUGAAGACAAUGGCUUGAAUCUUGCUUUUACAAUUGCUCAUGAAAUGGGUCACAACAUGGGCAUUAACCAUGACAACGACCACCCAUCGUGUGCUGAUGGUCUUCAUAUCAUGUCUGGUGAAUGGAUUAAAGGACAGAAUCUUGGUGAUGUUUCAUGGUCUCGAUGUAGCAAGGAAGAUUUGGAAAGAUUUCUCAGGUCAAAGGCCAGUAACUGCUUGCUACAAACAAAUCCGCAGAGUGUCAAUUCUGUGAUGGUUCCCUCCAAGCUGCCAGGGAUGACAUACACUGCUGAUGAACAAUGCCAGAUCCUUUUUGGGCCUUUGGCUUCUUUUUGUCAGGAGAUGCAGCAUGUUAUUUGCACAGGAUUAUGGUGCAAGGUAGAAGGUGAGAAAGAAUGCAAAACCAAACUAGACCCACCAAUGGAUGGAACUGACUGUGACCCUGGUAAGUGGUGUAAGGCUGGAGAAUGUACCAGCAGGACCUCAGCACCUGAACAUCUGGCCGGAGAGUGGAGCCUGUGGAGUCCUUGUAGCCGAACCUGCAGUGCUGGGAUCAGCAGUCGAGAGCGCAAAUGUCCUGGCCUAGGUUCUGAAGCAAGGGAUUGUAAUGGUCCCAGAAAACAAUACAGAAUAUGUGAGAAUCCACCUUGUCCUGCAGGUUUGCCUGGAUUCAGAGACUGGCAAUGUCAGGCGUAUAGUGUUAGAACUUCCUCCCCAAAGCAUGUACUUCAGUGGCAAGCUGUCCUGGAUGAAGAAAAACCAUGUGCCUUGUUUUGCUCUCCCAUUGGAAAAGAACAGCCUAUUCUUCUAUCAGAAAAAGUGAUGGAUGGAACUUCUUGUGGGUAUCAGGGAUUAGAUAUCUGUGCAAAUGGCAGGUGCCAGAAAGUUGGCUGUGAUGGUUUAUUAGGGUCUCUUGCGAGGGAAGAUCAUUGUGGUGUAUGCAAUGGCAAUGGAAAAUCGUGCAAGAUCAUUAAAGGGGAUUUUAAUCACACCAGAGGAGCAGGUUAUGUAGAAGUGCUGGUGAUACCUGCUGGAGCAAGAAGAAUCAAAGUUGUGGAGGAAAAGCCGGCACAUAGCUAUUUAGCUCUCCGAGAUGCUGGCAAACAGUCUAUCAAUAGUGACUGGAAGAUUGAACACUCUGGAGCCUUCAAUUUGGCUGGAACUACUGUUCAUUAUGUAAGACGAGGCCUCUGGGAGAAGAUCUCUGCCAAAGGUCCUACUACAGCACCUUUACAUCUACUGGUGCUCCUGUUUCAGGAUCAGAAUUAUGGUCUUCACUAUGAAUACACUAUCCCAUCAGACCCUCUUCCAGAAAACCAGAGCUCUAAAGCACCCGAGCCCCUCUUCAUGUGGACACACACAAGCUGGGAAGAUUGCGAUGCCACUUGUGGAGGAGGAGAAAGGAAGACAACGGUGUCCUGCACAAAAAUCAUGAGCAAAAAUAUCAGCAUUGUGGACAACAAGAAAUGCAAAUACUUAACCAAGCCAGAGCCACAGAUUCGAAAGUGCAAUGAGCAACCAUGUCAAACAAGGUGGAUGAUGACAGAAUGGACCCCCUGUUCACGCACUUGUGGAAAAGGGAUGCAGAGCAGACAAGUGGCCUGUACCCAACAACUGAGCAAUGGAACUCUGAUUAGAGCCCGAGAGAGGGACUGCAUUGGGCCCAAGCCCGCCUCUGCCCAGCGCUGUGAGGGCCAGGACUGCAUGACCGUGUGGGAGGCGGGAGUGUGGUCUGAGGCUAUACUAUUGAGAAUGAUUGAUAUUAUGGAUACAGGGAGAUGUGAAAAUACUAUAGAGUUUCAGGAGAGAGUUGAGGACUUGGGACUAGAAGAGAGUCCUCCUAUAAUAGAUGGAAAUUAUAAUAAAUGCUCAAUUACCUGUGGCAAAGGAAUGCAGUCCCGUGUUAUCCAAUGCAUGCAUAAGAUCACAGGAAGACAUGGAAAUGAAUGUUUUUCCUCAGAAAAACCUGCAGCAUACAGGCCAUGCCACCUUCAACCCUGCAAUGAGAAAAUUAAUGUAAAUACCAUAACAUCACCCAGACUGGCUGCUCUGACUUUCAAGUGCCUGGGAGAUCAGUGGCCAGUGUACUGCCGAGUGAUCCGUGAAAAGAACCUAUGUCAGGACAUGAGGUGGUAUCAGCGCUGCUGUGAAACAUGCAGGGACUUCUAUGCCCAAAAGCUGCAGCAGAAGAGUUGA